GAAAGCAUAGAGUGGGGAGUCUUGUUACAGAGACUUUGAGAAGAGCAAAUCUUUUAAGUUUUAUUAUCUUAAUUUAUUUAUGUGGUAAUGAAUAUUCUAAACCUGCGUAAUAAUAGCUUGAUGCGUACUUUGUGUAAUUAGGCUAAUGGGCUGGCCUUUUGUGGCCCAAACGAUGAAAAAAAAGAAAAUUAUCUCUCAACACAAUUCUCUAUAUAAUAAACUCAAUUUACCAAAAGAGAGACCAAACCCUAAAGUCAAAAACGAUGGUGUUCUCUAAAGAUCUCCCUUCUCCUGCAACAAUGUUCUCUACCUAUGCAUCACUAGCGGGAUACAUCAUGAUGGCCAAGCCAAUGAUUGAUACGAUAAUUCCACAACCGGUACAGAACUUCGUUUUCUCUUACAUCAAGUCUUUAGUCGGCUCUCGUUCAUCGACUCUAACGCUUGUCAUCAAUGACCUGAACGGGACUGAUAGAACCGGGAUAAGGAGGAAAAACGAGCUCUAUUCUUCGGCUCAAGCUUAUCUAUCAAGCAAGAUAAACCCCGAUGCAUCAAAGCUAAGGAUGACUAGAGACCCUAAAAAUAAGAACGUCAACUUAUAUCUUAGCAAAGGAGAGGUUGUCUUCGAUGUCUACAAAGGAAUUGAGCUCAAGUGGCGGUAUUUAUCUGGCAGCAAAAAGGCAACCACGGUUAUAGAUGGAGAAGAAGAAGAAGAUAUCGUCAAUUGGGAAUGCUUCGAGCUAAGCUUCGACAAGAAACACAGAGACUUGGUCGUGAACUCCUAUGUACCUUACGUGGAGAGGAAAGCAAAGGUGAUCCAGGAAAAGAGGAGAAUCAUCAAGAUGCACUCCUACUCGAGCUCUUACUAUCGCUGGGAUUCUGUUAACUUCGAGCACCCUUCGACAUUCCACACAAUGGCUAUGACGCCUAAGCUCAAGCAAUCUGUGAUGGAAGAUCUUGAUCGGUUCAUCAAAAGAAAAGAUUACUACAAGAGAGUUGGAAAAGCUUGGAAGAGGGGUUACUUGUUGUACGGGCCACCAGGGACCGGGAAGUCUAGUCUAGUGGCAGCUAUGGCUAACUACCUCAAGUUUGAUAUCUAUGAUCUCCAGCUAGCAAGCGUGCAAGGGGACGCCGAUCUGAGGAGGUUGCUUCUCGCCACAAAUAACAGCUCGAUUCUUCUUGUAGAAGAUAUAGAUUGUUCCGUGGAUUUGCCUACAAGGUUGCAACCUGCAACCAAGACAUCUGGUGCUCCCAAGGAAUCAACACCAUUGACAUUAUCAGGACUCUUAAACUGCAUUGAUGGGUUAUGGUCUAGUUGCGGAGAUGAACGCAUAGUAAUAUUCACGACUAAUAACAAGGACAUGCUCGAUCCAGCAUUGCUCAGACCAGGCCGUAUGGAUAUGCACAUUUACUUGGGACAUUGCAGUUUUGAGGGAUUUAAAACAUUGGCAUCUAACUACUUAGGCCUGCCGAGCGACAAUGAUGACCCUCACCGUCUCUAUCCGGAUAUAAAGCAUUUGAUUGACGGACAAGUGUUGACUCCGGCUCAAGUCGCCGAGGAACUAAUGAAAAAUGAAGAUGCUGAUAUGGCGCUUGAGGGUUUGGUUAAUGUUCUCAAAAGGAAGAGGUCAGAGUCGGAGAAGUGUGAUGAUGAAUCUAAUAAGAAGAUGAAGAUGCUCGUAGAGGGAGAGAAGAGAAUAUCCAACACUGAGGAGACCUGAACAUACAAUCCAUGUUUUCACUUGAGAGAAUCUUACAAAUUAAAUGGGGGUUUAUUUGGUACUUCACAUCGUUUUUCUAGUUCUGGUUUUUGGAUUCUAGUUUGGGUUUCUAUUUCACAUCGUUUUUCUAUUCAUAUUUAAGGUCAUGCUUAAAUUUGUAGUUUUUCAAUUACAGUACUAUAAGUAAGAUUUGUUUUGAUAGUUGUGAUAACUAAUAAUCUAAUAUAUUAUAAACAGAAUUUGGCUAUUAACUUAGUCAUAGAUUUACAACUGCCUAAUAAUUUGAUGCCCACCCUAUGAACAUAUAUCCAUACCAAUAUUAAUUAAUUUAUUAAGUAAUUUAUUGAUAGAGAUUAUUCUUUCUUCUAUCCCAAAAAAGGAUUUAA